CGUAGCUUUUGAGCAAAUAUCUCACGCCUACGCGCGGCAGCGAUCGAACAGAAACGCUCUGAGCUAGCCACCAUGCCAAGGAUACACCUCUCCUGCUUGCUCGGCACAGCUGCUGCGUUGCGGCCGCAGGUGACGCGGCGUAGCCUCUGUGGAGCUGCACCUGCGCUCGUCCUUGCGCCGCAGCUGUCGCGAGCAGCCGACGGCCCGACGGAGGCGCUGCUCCCGGAAGCCAUCUACGCGGGCAACGACUGGAUCGCGGACCGAAAACUCACGAUCAUCGAGGGCGACGCCGCCGCCGCGGAGACGGCCUGGCGGGCGCUCGGCGGCGCGGGCGCCUUCGAGGUGUUGCACAAGGAGAAGUACACCGCAGGCUUCAAGCCGACGAACGAAAAGAUGUCGUUCAACAGCGAGAAGUUUCCGACCUGGGCGUCGACCGCCACCGGCACCGUUGCCGUCGACCGGAGCGUCGAGGUCGCGUCGCGCGGCGGCAAGAGCACUUCCCUUAAAAGCGCUGGUGUGAAGAUCGAGGACAUCGGGAGGGGUCAGAUCGGGACCAAGGAACUGUUCGUCGCGGACGGCGUGGCCUUCUCCGUCGCGCGGGCGUACGAGCCGGCGCCCCUCGCGAAGAUGUUCGGCAUAAAAGAAGUGGUGACCACAUUCGCCCUUGCGCCGGACGGCUCCGUCGGGACGGCGCCGACGUCUACCACGAAGUCGCGGCUCCACUACGAGAAGCCCGAGGUCGCGAAGAACCGACAAGAGGGUAUUAAGUACUUCUAGUAGGUCUUUGCGAAUGUUACGAGCC